GGCGGGGCCCCGCAGACGCCGCGGCCCACGCAAUGCGGCAACCGGCGGUACGGCUGCUGCGGCUGAGUCAGGUGCCGUAUGCCGAGCUGCUGGCGCUGCAGGAGCGCUGGCUGUGGCGGCUGCAGGCCGAGCCAGGGACCGAGGCGGGCGCGCUCCUGCUCUGCGAGCCCGCGGGGCCCGUGUACACCGCCGGGCUGCGCGGCGGCCUGACGUCCGAGGAGGCGACGCGGCUGCGGGCCUUGGGUGCCGAGGUGCGCGCCAUUGGCCGCGGCGGCCUAGCCACCUUCCAUGGCCCGGGCCAGCUGCUCUGCCACCCCGUACUCGACCUGCGACCCCUUGGCCUGCGCCUGCGCGCCCACGUGGCGGCGCUGGAGGCGUGCGCCGUGCGCCUGUGCGAGCUCCAGGGCCUACCGGGGGCCCGCGCGCGGCCCCCACCCUACACCGGCGUCUGGCUGGGCGAGCGCAAGAUCUGCGCAAUCGGAGUCCGCUGUGGAAGGCACAUUACAUCUCACGGCCUGGCGCUGAACUGUUCUACGGACCUCGCGUGGUUUGAGCACAUUGUGCCCUGUGGGCUGGUUGGGACAGGUGUCACUUCCCUGAGUAAGGAGCUCCAGAGGCAUGUCACUGUGGAUGAAGUAAUACCACGUUUCCUUGAGGCCUUUAAAGAGACCUACAAGUGCACAUUGAUCUCAGAGGACAGCCCCAACUGAAGGGCAUUUAUAUUAUCACAGCCUGGAGGUCCUGCCUUGGAAAGCACCACACCUGACUUGGAGUCACUGAAACCCAGAUUCUAGACCCAGCCCUGUCAUUCACACACCAUGAGACUAUGGGCAAAUCAUGAGCUCUGAGCCAUUGGUUCCAUAUGUAUCCUGGUUUAUUUAUAUCUUCCCCACCUACCUCAGAUAUAGACGUGAAAACAUUAUGAAAAGCAUGCUGUAUAAAUAUAAGGCAUUAGCACUACUGUUGACACCAUUUUCUCAGCUUAGAAAAACUCAGAUAUCAUAGAGUGUCAUUUCUCAAAUAUUUAUUAUUUCCUCAAUACUGUAUUUAACUGGGGAAGCCUGGGCUCCAGUUCCUUUGAUUUUUGUAAGAAUCAUUUCUCUGGAUCGUCCAGGUGAAGGUGAUGUGAUGUGGUGCUUUUUUAUUCUCAGGAGACCUGGGUGCUUUCUGCAAUAAAAGGGAAAGGGAAAGACCUCUUUAAAGAAUAAAAUGGGAUUCUGUGUUCCUGGGUUGGAUUCCUCAAGCCUGAUAGCUAUUUUUAGUUAGGUAACCUGAGCUAGGCCAGAGGCUAGGGGAAAGAGAAGAAUAAUUUCUCACACUGUACAAAUGCCAAAGAUAGAAGUAAGUUUUUCUUAUACGAGAUCUCUGUUUGUAAGGUUGUAUAGUAAUUAUCUAUUGCUGUGUAACAAAUCACCCCAAAACUUAAUGACUUAAAAGAAUAAACAUUUAUUAUCUCUUA